UAUCGAAACUUUUGUUGAUAAUUUAUGAAGUUAUAUUAAAUUAAAAAUAUAGAUUAUUUUCGUAUUAUUAUAAAAUAUUUAAAAAAGGAAUGGACCUGGACCUAUCGCGAGCUGAUAUGUUGGAACAGCUCAGAAAUAGGCAAAUAUUUCUGCCCGAUGUGGAGCAUCUGCCGCUGAAUCGCCUGGAGGAGAUCUACCGCAAAUUCGUGGUACCCAGGCCAAGAAGAGAGCGCGAACCACGCGAUCGCUCCAAUCCAAAUCCCACUCCGAAACCCAAUCCUAAUCCCAUUCCCAUUCCCAUGGAAAUGGAGCAGCUGACGCAGCGCAUCAAGUCGGUGGCCAUGGUGGGACAGAAGCGGCCGCUGGCAGAGAAUGCGGGCCACGAUCAUGCCAAGCAAAUCAAGAUGGACCUGCGCUGA